AUGGAGAAGAGUCGCCAUGAUACCAACUACAUUCCGUUGUGCCCCACAUCCAGUUCUGUUUGCUUCAUUCAGGUCUUAGCAGACGGGUCGCAGCGGUCGGAAAUGCGCCCGAUUGGGACCGUCGUUUCGACGUUUCGACCUGAUCUCCGAGCACCUGUUCCAAGGGCAGCAGCAUGGGAAUCCGUCCUGUUUCUUGGAGGAAAGCCUUAUAAGAUCACUCGUGCCAUUCGUAGACCAAGGCGAUCCGUGAGCUAUCCAAUUCAGCACAACAACGUGGAAUGGUUCCAGGGAUCAUUCCAAAACAACAACAAUUGGUAUUUCCUCUCCGAUUCUCGAGAUUCCGAGGUGGCCCUCGUCUCUCAAUUGAAGGAAAUUCCGAUCUACAUUGAUUCCAGCAUCUUUAUAAUUCGACGAGAUGAAUUUGAGGCUGGUAAUGGCUCGGUUGCCGUUUGGGACGGGCAGGUGAAAGCCGUCAUGGAGCCAAACAAGUACGAGAGGCGAAAAGAUCUCACCGGAGUGAAUUUCAAAGUUCUCUUUCGUGCGCCCUCGGAUCUUCAUGGCGAAGAGGCAGGCUACUUCUACGAGGAUGGCCUACUUGAAGCCCUUCUCCUGGUCACUUUGGCUCACAACAUUUGCAGCAAUCAUCGCCUUCACUGUUAUCCUGUGGCUCCCUUCGGUCGGACUUCUGACUUGGGUCAGAUAUACGAGAAGCUGGAACUCAACAAGUCUGAAAACAUGUUCGGCCCGUAUGAGGACGGGAUGCAGAGAACACUCAAGGAACACAAUUAUGCGAUUGUUGGGCCAGUUGAAAGCGUGUUGGUCUCGAACCACUCGUGUCAUCUGGUAACUAUCACCGGGAGACUCGCCUCCCAACGCCUUUCCAUUGCUCUCACGAAGAACUCCAUUUAUACAAACCUCUUCAAUCAUUUGAUUGACCCGAUAUGGAACAUGUUUGUGGUUAUUCGACUUUCUCCUGUAGGGAUCAGUAAGAACGAGGGCUUCAAUACAAUGCAGAACCUGACAAAGAGGCAUGUGGGCAGAUGGGAGAGGGGAUGGAUGGCACUCCGACAGCCUCCCCCAAGGGAAAAAAGGGAAUGCCUCUACGUUACCCUUUUCUCCAAUGAAGAGAAUAUCUCGUUCUCAAAAGCCUUGUUUUUGGAAACAGAUUUCAACUCGCAAGACAUAUGGUAUUUCCUUCCCGAUUCUUCGGAUUCUGUGGCAGCUCUUCUCUCCCUGUUGAAAAACGAGCCAAUCUACAUUGACUCCAAUAUAUUCAUCAUCCGAAGAGAUGAAGUCGAGAAUCGAACUGGAUUGGUUCCCAUAUACGAGGUUUACAGGAAGGGACAAGGAGCAAUUGGGAACCCGAGGCACUGCUUAGCUCGUGCUGUUCUCUCCAUGAGCUUCGCGGUAGGAUUAAUCAUCGUGACGGCUUACUCUGCCGUCCUCACUUCCUACUUGGCUGUAGAUUUCCCCUCGCUCCCCUUUGAGAAAUGGCAAGGCAUUCUCAACGUCGCAUCUUCUUGGAAACUUGGCGUCUUGAACGAGUCAUCGGUUUUCGACAUGUUCUCCGAUGCAUACAAUACUUCAGUCCAGUGGACAACAGAUAUGGGAAAGAUAUACGAAAAGCUAAUUAUGAACAAGUCGGAAAACCAGUUCUGGACAUACGAAGAAGGCAUGUGGCGGUCCUUCACUGAACCCAAUUAUGCUUAUGUUGGACCAGAAGAAAGCGUGUACGUCUCCAACUACACGUGCCAGCUGGUGCCAAUCCCCGGAAGAACUGAUGAAGAGUAUUCUACUGGAACAUGUGCCACAGGUGUUCCAGAUGCUGAGGUCCGGACAGUCCCUUGGCAAAUUCUUCCAGACAUGUACCAUAUUCUCUUAAAAGGCAAACCAAGCCUCCAAUGCUUGGCCGUUGGCCAUGGCCUUGCCAUGGCCUACGUCCUGCAUCAGCACAGCCUUUUCUUGCUGAGAGGGGAGGUAGAUGCAGCGGCAUUGGAAGAACUCGUUCACAGUCUUCUCACUUACCAUCGAUACUCCUGUGUAACAUUCUUCGAUGAUCUUCAGCACCCAGUGGUUGAGAAGAAUGAGAGGUUUCGGACGAUGAAGAGCCUGACUGAUCGCCAUGUGGGGAGAUGGGUGACUCGAUGGGAUGCACUCCGAGAAACUUUGAAAGGGGAGGAAAGAGGAUGCCUCUACAUUCUCUUCUCCAGUGAAGAGACCCUUUGCUUCUCCAAAAGUGUGUUGCUCUCAUCAUUCCACCCGCAAAACAUUUGGUAUUUUCUCCCCGGUUCUCGAGCAUCUGAGGCGGUUCUCCUUUCCCAAUUAGAGGGAAUGCCCAUCUACAUCGAUUCCAGUGUCUUUAUCAUCCGGCGAGAUGAAUUCGAGGCCCGGAACGAAUCGGUUGCCAUUUGGGAUGGGAAGCCGAAAUACAAGGAAGCAUGCAAGUAUGAACGGCGGAAAGAUCUCACAGGAGUGAAUUUGAAAGUAAUUUUCUUCGAGGCUUCCUCCGGGAGGAAAACACGCAUGGCCCUGAUAUACGAGAAGCUAAUUGUGAACAAGUCAGAAAACAUGUUUGCUGUAUAUGACGAUGGCAUGAAGAGAACCCUCAAGGAACCAAAUUAUGCGUUUGUUGGGCCAACUGAAACCGUGUCUUUCUUCAACUACACAUGCUCCCUGGUGCCCGUCCCCGGAGACGUCUCGCACGAACUCCUUUCAAUCGCCUUCACAAAGGACUCCAUUUAUACCAACAUUUUCAAUCAUUUCAUCGCAAGGCUUCAUGAGAAUGGUAUCCUGACGAGGAUCAAGAAACGAUGGAUCACAGAGAUGGGAAAGGAGUGCUUGGACUCAUACGAUUACAAAGAAGCCACAUUCUUCGAUAUUAUUUCCCUCAUUGGUUGGAUCUCUCAAGAAUCAAUCUACUCGCAAGACGUUUGGUACUUCCUCCCCGAUUCUGUCGAAUCCGAGACGGCUCUCCUCUCCCAGUUGAAGGCAAUGCCGAUCUACAUAGACUCCAACGUCUUUAUUAUACGACGAGAUAGAUUCAAUUUUGAAAAUGGGAACUGGAGUAAGUCCCUUCCAGAGUGGGAGACCACAUUUGCAGGUGGUCGACCAGAGGAUCUCUCCCAGGAGUCGAAGAACAUCAUCGUUGAGGGGUCAGGCCGCCAGAAGAAGAGCUGCACUGAGCUCGGCAAGGAGAUCCAGCUCCGCCGUGUGGAAGUUCUCUCACUCCCGUUUGAGAAAUGGCAAGACAUCCUCAGUGUCGCCUCCUCCUGGAAACUUGGUGUCAUGAAAGAAUCCUCAGAUUACGACAUGUUCUUCAAUGCAUACAACAAUUCCUACGGGAAGACCUCAGACAUGGGGCAAAUAUUCGAGAAGCUGAUAAUUAACAAGACUGAGAACUUGUUCGGUCCAUACGAGGAAGGGAUGGGGAGGACGCUCACAGAACCAAAUUAUGCCUUUGUUGGACCAGCUGAAAGCGUGUCUGUCUCCAACUACACGUGUGAACUGGUGGCCAUUCCCGGGGAGCUCGCCUCCGAGCGCCUUUCCAUUGCCCUCACGAAGGACUCCAGUUAUACGAACCUCUUUAGUCACUUCAUCGCAAGGUUUCACGAGGAAGGCAUCCUGCAAAGAAUCAAGGAUCGAUGGACCACGAAGAGAGGAAAAACUUGCUACGAAUCCUUCGAUUACAAAGAAUCCACGUUUACCGAUAUUCAGUCCUUGAUCGUAUUCCUGUCCUUAUCCAUGCUUCUGUCCGUCAUAGUCCUCUUCCUCGAGCUUUUCCGACACUCUUGUCGAAAGCUAUGA